AUGAUGGAAAAAAUCAUCGUCUCAGAUCAGGUCACACCGGCCGAGCGCAGCCACGAUGCUGAGAAGGCGGUUAGUCGACAGGCCGUGUAUGAAAAUGACCAAGCGAGCAUCUCUGAUAAAGACUCCGUCGAGUUCCAAGGAGGUGUGAGACGCGUACGAGCAAUCACCUCUUCAUGGUCUACCAAGACACUGAUCCUGGUGUUCGUCCUUCUGUACCUCGUCUCCUUCGUCGACGCCCUCCUAGUAUCAGUCCAGGGCUCACUGAACCCAUACAUAACAUCCGAAUUCGGCAAACAUGGCCUUCUCACGGUCGUCAGCGUGGUGUCGACCAUCCUUGGAGGGUCCUCAAAGCUAACUUUGGCAAAAAUAAUCGACAUCUGGGGCCGAGUGGAGGGGUUCCUCUUCAUGCUAUUGAUUAUGGUGAUCGGAUUAAUCAUGAAGGCUACAUGUACCAGUAUUGAGAUGUACACGGCCGCACACACAUUGUACUGGGUUGGACAUAUCGGACUUGGAUACGUGGUUGAAAUCAUGUUGGCUGAUAUGACCACGCUCAAGAACCGUAUGAUUAUGCUUGGUAUCAACGGUACACCUGGUAUCUGCAGUACAUUUGCCGGACCAAAGAUUGCUGCGCUGUUCUAUGCAAACCUAAACUUCCGGUGGGCAUUCGGUGCAUUCGUGAUCAUGCUCGUUGGCGUCUGUAUUCCUGUCUGCGUGGUUAUGUUGUUGAUGCAGCGGAGGGCUGAAAAGAGCGGGCGGCUCACAAAGGAGAAAUCUGGACGGUCGUGGUGGCAGUCAAUUGUCCAUUACUUUAUAGAGUUUGAUGUUGUUGGAAUCAUCCUGAUUACAGCUGCUUUCUCUCUCAUCUUGAUCCCAUUCAGCAUUGCCGCAUACGGACCUAAGGGCUGGGCAACAGACUACAUCAUCGCGAUGGAGGUUUUGGGUGUUCUCUGUGUCCCGGGGUUUUACAUCUGGGAGCGAUACUUCUCCCCCGUACAAUUCCUACCAUGGAAGUAUCUAAAGGAACCAACCAUGAUUGGCUCGUGCAUGCUAUACGGAGUGAUGUUCCUCUCCGUCUUCGCCUGGAACAGCUACUUCAGUUCUUACCUCCAAGUUGUGCACCGGCUCGACAUCACGACAGCUGGCUACGUUCUCAACUCCUUCUCCUUGACCUCCUUCAUCUUCAGCCCAAUAUUUGGCGUCCUAAUCCGUAUAACUGGUGAAUACAAAUGGACUGUGAUGGCCGGCAUUCCAAUCUUCCUCCUAGGAACAGCUCUUCUAAUCCCCUUCCGCCAACCUUCCACUCACGUCGGAAUUCUAACAAUGACGCAAAUCCUCGUCGGUCUCGGAACCUGCCUCUUCACCGUCUGCGGACAACUCGCCAUCAUGGCGAUGGUCUCGCACCAAGAAGUCGCCGUUGUGCUGGCAAUCUACGGGCUAUUCGGCUCGAUCGGCGCGGCCGUUGGUUCGGCAAUUGCAGGCGCGAUGUGGAACAACAUCACCGAGAAGCAAAUAUAUGCACGGCUUCCGGAGGCGAGCAAACAUCUUGCUGCUAGUAUCUUUGGGAGUAUGGUGACGCAGAUGUCGUAUGCAGAUGGGAGUGCGGAGCGGACGGCGAUUGUCGGAGCUUAUGCCGAUGUGCAGAGAAAGAUGGUCAUUGUUGGCGUCUGCUUUGUGCCGGUUUGCAUUCUCUGUACUUGGUUUUGGAGGGCGGUCAAUGUGAAGAAGUUGAUGAAGGAGCAGACAACAGGGAACGUCUGGUAG